AUGUUCAGACAGACUAUCAGAGCUGCUUCAAAGGUCAAUCGACUUGUUGGUUUCAGAACUUACGCUGAAGCUGCUGCUCCAAAAGCAACUGCUGCUUCGAACAAAUUGCGUUUGUCCAUUGCACUUCCUCAUCAAACUGUUCUAAAGGACAAGGAUGUUUUUCAAGUAAACAUCCCUGCUGCAACAGGUGACAUGGGUAUUUUGGCCAAUCACGUCCCUGUGAUCGAACAAUUGAGACCAGGUAUAGUUGAGAUUUUCGAUUCACCAUCUCAUUCAGACAAAUUUUUCAUCUCUGGAGGUUUCGCAUCUGUGAUGCCAAACUCUAAGAUGGAUAUUCUUAGUGUGGAGGCUGCUGCACUUAAAGACUUUGAUUCUGCUGCCGUUAAGUCGCAACUUGCUGAUGCGAAGAAGAACCUCGAUUCUACUAAUGAAAAUGUUGCUGCUGAGGCAUCUAUUGAAGUUGAGGUUCUCGAGGCUUUGAAUGCUGCUUUGAGUAAAUAA